AUGUGCACACAUCCUUCAACCAUCCGGCUCCAAUCAUCAAACAAAUACCCAUAUCAAUCACCCGAAGACUAUCAGAAAACUCAUCUAAUAUACACAGUUUCAAUAACAAAAAAAAUAUCAUACGAGGAAGCACUAAAAGAAAGUGGAUACAUACAACUACAAUAUACACCUCCACAACCCCUCUCUCUCUACACCUCUUUUUCUCUUUUCAUUUCUCUCUUUUCACCCCUUUCUCUCUACACCUUUUUCUCUUUUCACUUCUCUCUUUUCACCCCUCUCUCUCUCUACACCUCUUUUUCUCUUCUCUCUUUUUACCCCUCUCUCUCUACACCUCUUUUUCUCUUUUCACCCCUCUCUCUCUACGCCUCUUUCUCUCUUUUCACCCCUCUCUCUUUUCACCCCUCUCUCUACACCUCUUUUUCUCUUUUCACUUCUCUCUUUUCACCCCUCUCUCUCUCUACACCUCUUUUCUCUUUUCACUUCUCUCUUUUCCCCUCUCUCUACUCCUUUUCUCUUUCCCUUCUCUCUCUCUACCUCUUUCUCUUUUUCCCCUCUCUUUUUCACCCCUCUCUCUACCUCUUUUCUCUUUUCCUUCUCUCUUUUCACCCCCUCUCUCUCUCUACCUCUUUUUUUUUCUUUUCACUUCUCUCUUUUCACCCCUCUCUCUCUACACCUCUUUUUCUCUUUUCACUUCUCUCUUUUCAACACUGCGAUAUCAAGCAUCCUUAUCUACAUUUCAUCUUUCUUUAA